AUGCCUUUGCCACCUGCGUUGGCUGCUAGAUUGGCUAAGCGAGGAAUAUUAAAAGAAACUACUAAUACUGAUGUAGCAUUUGAUGCACCAACAGCUCAAGUUAACGAGGAGAUUAUAGCAGAAGAUUACGAUAAUAACACAGACCAAGUGAAUCAUAAUGAACGUUUCUGGGAAGGUAUAGAAGGUGUAAAUGUUGACCCUAUUAAAGGUCAUAAGGGUUGCCCCAAUAAAAGUAAUAUUUACCAUGAGUGCUCGAAAUAUUGUGUUAAAACGUGGAAGCAAGGCAAACCGUCACCAUCUGACAAAUAUUUGGAAGUCAAACGAAAAGUCUUAGAACUAUGGCCCUUACCACCAGGAUGGGAAGAAGUAUACGACGAAGGUACUGGGCAUUAUUACUUUUGGAAUGUUCACAAUAAUUUAGUGUCAUGGUUGCCGCCAUCCCAUCCUCGAGCAAUUCAAAGCGAAAGUGCGGCACAUCUACGCGAAGAAAGAUUAUUACGUGAAGGGGAUGAAAGUGACGACAGCAGCGAAGCUUCAGAUCAAGAAGUGCCGCAGCAGCAUCAAAGGAUGAAAAGAGUUGAUAGGAAGGAUAGGGAAAGAGAAAUGGUUCAUCACAGGGAUAAGAAGAGGCAUAGGGUUAAGGAUAAUGACCUAGAUCCUAUGGAUCCCGCCUCUUAUUCAGAUAUUGCGAGAGGUGGCUGGACGGCAGGUUUAGAUGCUCAUGCGAAGACAGGGGUUGAUUCAACAGCUUCUGGUUCUCUGUAUCAGAUGAGACCUUAUCCUGCUCCAGGGGCUAUCUUGGCUGCUAAUGCUAAGGGCUCAUCACCACCUCCAUCUCCCAAUUAA